AUGGCUGAAUUCGCGUCACUGACCCAUAAAUUCCGGGCCAACAUCUACAGCCUCCAGCCGCCCGGAGCGAGCAAGAUCAGCAAACGCAACCGGCAGCCUCUCUCUUGUGGCCCGUGCCGACUCAAAAAGCUCAAAUGCGACCGAGGCCACCCAUGCGAGACAUGUAUCAAGAAGGGAGACCAGCGCAGUUGUACCUAUGGCAAGGCUGCGCCCGCCGCUGCUACCGCCAGGCCUGAAGCCGGUAGCGCCAGUGUGAGCAGUCGUGGAAAGGCACAGGAGAGACUGCAGCAUCUCGAGCAACUCGUGAUGCGUAUGGUAGACGGCAGUGCCAGUGCCAGUGCCAGUGCCUCGACUGGGUCAUCCGCCACCUCGUCCAGCCAGGCCGACACUGCAGCCACCGAUGCAGACCCCGGGAGUUCCAGCAUGGCGAAGGAAGGCCAUCUGCACGUCGGCCCGUCCGAGUCGCGUUAUGUCGGCUCGACGCACUGGUCGGCCAUCCUGGAGGACAUCCAGGAGCUCAAGACGACGCUGGGCCCCGACCCUUCCUCCAGCACGGAGCUGGAUGAGUCGGUGGACAUGGAGCCCCCAGACUCCGAGGACUUGUUCGGCCCGCCAGGCAAUCGGUCGCUCGCGCAGAUUCUGGCCCAGGCUCUCCCUCCACGGCUGCAGGUCGACCGCCGGCUCUCGAUGUACUUCAAAGCGCAAUACCUGGUCAUUCCUUUCAUCCAUUCGGCAUCGUUCCAACGCCGCUACGAGCAGUUUUGGAAUGCGCCGCUCGAAACGCCUCCGCUGUGGAUAUCGCUCCUCUUCUCCAUCUGCAGCAUGUCCGCCACGCUCAGCGAAGCCCUGGGCUCCGAACCCUCGACGCCCGAAGACCAACCCAGCCCGCGCGUGGCCUUCCUGGCCGCCGCCGGCCAAUGCAUCCAACUCGGCGGCUACGUGCGGCCCAAACGCUACGCCGUCGAAGCCCUGGCCCUCUACUCCCAGUGCAAGUAUCUAGCCACGUUGGACCCGUCGCGCGAGGUCGGCAUCAUCUUCGCCAUCGUAGUCCGCCUCGCAUAUCGCAGCGGCUACCACCGAGACCCCUCGCUUUUCGCCCACAUCAGCGUGUUUGAAGGCGAGAUGCGCCGGCGCACCUGGGCCAUGUGUCGACAGUUCGACCUGAUGGCCUCGUUCCAGCUGGGGCUGCCAAACCUGAUCCCCCCCGACAGCUGGGAUACGCAGCUACCGCGGAAUCUGCUCGACGCUGACUUCGACGAGCACACUACGCUACUCCCGCCUUCCCGCCGGGAAGACGAGGCGACAAACAUCCUUUAUUUCAUUGUGAAGUCGCGGCUCAUGACCGCCUUUGGCAAGAUGUGUAGCCAUGCUCUCUCAUUCCGCAAAUGCAGCCAGACAGAGAUCAUGGCCCUGGACGCCGAGCUGCGGGCCGUGUACGCGACAGUGCCUGAGAUUCUACGCAUCAGACCGAUGGCCCAGUCGUUCGCGGACCCGCCGUAUUUGGUCAUGGUGCGUUUGAAUUGCGAGUUCCUGUACCAGAAGUCCAUUUGUGUGCUGCACCGCAAGUACAUGACACAGGGCGGCGACAACUCUCCGGCCAGCACCCAGGCAUGCUUAGAUGCAGCUGCCACAAUUACCAAGCACAUGCUCGAUUUGCACAAGGAGCUGCAACCGGGUGGCCAGCUAUACGCCGAGCGCUGGAUGCUGAGCAGCUUUGUCAUGAACGAUUUCUACCUGGCCUGCAUGGUCUUGUGUUUGGGCGUUUCACUAUGGAAGAAGGCCAAUCCGGGCAAGGAUCUCAGCCAGGACGACAGAAUGGACAGCCUGUUCAAGCUGCUUAAGGCCGCCUUUACCGUUUGCGAGGAACGCAAAGCCAGCAGCACCGAGGCGAGGCGUGUCGGCGAUGUGCUGAGAGUGAUGUUGGGCGAGACGGACUUGGGCUUGUCCUCGUCGGCGUCGACAACGACGAUAUCUCAGCUCCAAGAACAACCACGACAGCAGCUUUCUGAUUCCACGGGGCAUUUGACCCCCAACGCGCUCGCUUUCCAUCCAUCGCGGUUUGGCGGGUCCGCUUUUACCACGUCUCCAUAUGAUUUCAACUUGGGCCCGUCAAGUCUGAAUGAAGAGAACUUGUCGAGUAGCCACCAAAGCCGAACCCCAACCUGGACCCAGCCUGGUGCAAGUUCUGGUGUGGGCGACGGAGGCGGAACCGACUUCGUCAACUUCCAGCAGGUGAAGCCCAGGUCACCUUUCCGUCCGAAUCCAUUCAAGGUGUUCUUCGCGCCCUCGUCGCCCACUAGCUAUCAGAACACAAGCGCAAACUCAGGCUUAGCCAUGAACACCAAGUCGAAUGGAGACCAACAACCAUAUUCAGACGCGAAUGUCAACCGAACCCAAGAUCCAAUCUUGAAUCUCAACACACCUCAGACAGCGACGGACUUUUCGUCGUCGAACCCAGCCAUCAUCGCCUCGGACCCUACUCGACAACCCGGUCCCGACAGAACUAUCCGUACCGAUACAGGUAUGAACGCGCACACGGACAUGACUGUCGACUCCGGGAUCAACAUGGACACGAAUCCCAACCUGGCCGCAGACCCGCCCGUUGAUAUCGACUGGGCCUUUCUGGACCAGUGGAUGGCCCUGCCUAACCCGGACUCGAUCAUGGCAUCGGCCGACGGGCCUUUCGCGUUCGGUAGCCCGUCGAUGCCAUUUGGGCCCGGCACGCCAACUGAGUAA